AGUAGUUUGUGUGCCGUCCGCUGGAACCGUCUACCAGUGGAGCUGUUUUCCUCGCUUCACCUCGUCAUUGAUUCUGCAAUAAAGUUACAUUUAUAUUUCAUCUAAGUGACGCUUUUAUCCAAAGCGACCUACAAGUGCAUUCAGUCCAGACGGAACAGAACCAGAGCAACAAGAACCAAGGAAGUGCAAAGUCUUCAAGAAAUCCAAACUACAAAGUGCUAUAAGUCUCCAGCUCCGGGUCCUCACGAGCCGUCAGAAGAUGAUCCUGCAGCGCGUGGCAGUAGUCGGUGCGGGGGCGGCGGGUCUCUGUGCCGCCCGGCACAUCUUGUCCCGCCUCGACCGCUUCGCCCCCCCGGUGCUGUUUGAACUCGGAGCCAAAGUCGGAGGCACCUGGUGCUACGACGAGCGGGUCGGGACCGACGAGGCGGGACGGCCCAUCCACAGCAGCAUGUACCGAGACCUCAGGACCAACCUCCCCAAGGAGGUGAUGAUGUUCCCUGAUUUCCCUUUUGACUCCCAGCUGGACAGCUUCCUGCCCCACCAGGAGGUCCAGAGGUACCUGGAGAGGUACUGCCAGAGCCACCACAUCGGGCCUCACAUCCGGUUCAACACGAUGGUGGAGACGGUGAAGCCGGUCGUCACGGCAGCGGAGGGGGAGAAGGAGGAAGGCGGGACAUCGUGGGAAGUGACAUCAUCGGAUGCUUCAGGUGGUCGUAAAACAGAAGCCUUUGACUCGGUCUUCGUCUGCUCAGGGCACUACUCUGAUCCUCACAUCCCUGACAUCCGGGGAAUCGAGCGCUUCAAAGGAACGGUGCUCCACAGCCACUCGUACAAAUUUGCGGAGCCGUUCUCGGGUCAGUCGGUGGUGGUUCUGGGAGCCAAAGCCUCAGGUCUGGACAUCUCCAUCGAACUGGCCGGGGCCGGAGCUCAGGUGACUCUGAGUCAUGGCCAGCCUCUGCUCACCUGUCCUCUACCUGACGGGGUUCAACAGUCGUGUCCCGUGGUGGCGGUGGAGGAGGACGGUAGCCUCCUGUUCCAGGACGGCUCUGUGUCCGACGCCGACGUCCUGAUGUUCUGCACCGGCUACAACUUCCGCUUCCCGUACCUGGACGGCCCUCAGCUGGGCCUGCGGAUCGAGGACCACCUGCUGUCACCUUUGUACCGCUUCAUGAUGCCCCCGGCCUUCCCCUCGCUCUUCUUCAUCGGCAUGUGCAAGCUCAUCUGCCCCUUCCCCAACUUCCACUGCCAGGUGCAGUUCGCGCUGGCUGUGCUGGAGGGCGCCGUCUCUUUGCCGCCUCGGGCCAUAAGGGAGGCCGAGGCCUGGUUGGCGCUGCAGGAGAAGGCGGAGCAAGGGGUCCAACGGCGCCACCUGCUGGUGCUGCAGAACGAGCAGUGGGAUUACUGUCAGGCGCUGGCUCGCGCCGCCGGCUUCUCGCCGCUGCCGCCCGCCGUGCGCAGUCUGUACGAGGAGGUGUGGCGCCAGAGGCGCUUUAACUCGGUGGACUACCGGGGACGCAACUACAGGCUGAUCGGGGAGGAUCGGUGGGAGCAGACCAAUUGAUCGAGGGAAGGUGGAGCGAUAGACACCUUUUAAAAUAUCAACUUUAUAGAAAUAAAUAAACAAGGUCUAGAAUGAAGUGUUGAUUGUCUACUCCGUACUAAUAGAUAAUAACAUGCUAGCUAGCUAGCUAACUUAGCUUUGUUAUCUUAACAUUUUUAUCAGCUAAAAUGAAGAAUGCAAGAGUUCAUUUUGAUAUUAAACUUUUAAAAAGUCUCCUUUUCUUGUGAAACCAUUAAAAUAUAAGACUGUAAUAAUAAGUAAUAAAACUCUACGUUAACACGUA